CCUUAUAUUAAAGAGUUUAGGGGGCAUAUCCAAUAUGUUACUAGAAGAACAAAAAAUAAAAGAGAGAAAAGAGGAGCAAUGAAAACGCAAAAAGGUUUAUACAUAGUCCUGGCAGUGUCACUACAAAGACCAGCUGCGGUAAAACGCCGGCGGCUGUGAAAAAAUGGGAAAGAGUGGGAAGAAGAAAAGCCACCAACAGAACCGUAGAGAUAGAGCUUACUAUCUUGAAGAACAAGAAUACCCUGCUGCACCCUCCCCUCAACAAGAACAAGAUGAAGAUGAAGAAGUAGAAGAACAUAGUCAAGAUGAUUUAAAUUCUUCAGUUUCGACCAAUGAUAUCCCUUCUAAGUUCUCGUUAUACCAACAAUCUGUUCAGUCUCCAAAAGGGGAUAUAAGUUAUCUGCAGAAAUUCUUCUUGAUGUACGUUGGUGGGAGGGUCCCUCUCCAUUUCCAGGAAGAUUUCUGUGGCACUGCUCUUUUGAGUACCGAGUGGCUUCAUGGUGAUGCUAGGCGCACUGCUAUUGGAUUAGAUUUGGACGUUGAGGCACUUGAUUGGUGCAUGGAGAACAAUGUGAACAAAGUUGGUGCUGAUGUAUCGUCCAGAAUAUUUUUGUUUCACGGUAAUGUUUUGCAACCUCUUGAGGCCAAAUUGGUUAAUGCCGCUACUCAAAAUCGCAUGCAAAAUGUAACGCUAGAAGAUAGUGAAGGUGAUUCUCCUAAGCACAAAUUGAUGAAGGAUUUUCAAUUUCUUGGAAGAGAUAUAGUUUGUGCUUUUAACUACAGUUGUUGUUGUCUUCAUUCUCGCCAAGAACUAGUUUCAUACUUCAAACAUGCCUUAUGUGCUCUGAAUAAGAAGGGUGGUAUAUUUGUGAUGGAUCUAUAUGGAGGCACUUCAGCAGAGCAUGAGCUCAGGAUGCAGAGAAAAUUUCCUAACUUCACAUAUGUUUGGGAGCAAGCUGAGUUUGACAUCAUUAAGCGGAAAACGAGGAUCAGCCUCCAUUUUAAUCUGCACAAGCCACAAAGGAAAAUUCGCCAUGCAUUUUCUUAUAGCUGGAGACUGUGGUCAUUGCCUGAGAUCAAAGACUGCCUCGAAGAAGCUGGAUUUCAGUCAGUCCACUUCUGGAUCCGGCAUAUGCCUGACUGCGAAGAAAUUAGAAGCACAUAUGGGCUUUCUGCUGGACGAGACAUAAAAUACGAAGAGGUUUCAAGUUUUCAACAACAAGAUUCAUGGAAUGCAUACAUUGUAGGUGUUGCAUAGUGAAUCUGCCUUGUUUCAUAAAAGUGCGCUUAGGUAAGAAGUUAUUUUUCAUUUUGUCGGAAGCUAGAUCAUAGCAUAUGAAGUAAUUCGCAGGUUAAAUUUCUCUUGUUCUUUUGUUGGAUACAUUUUAGUGCACAGAGAAUGUUGUACCCCUCAUCCACGAGUUUUUUUACUAGGAAAUGAUUCAGUUAAGCCCUUGUGAACUUUGAAUAUUAGUGCUUGCUUCAGUUCUUGAUUGAGAAGUACGCUUAUAAUUUUUUAUUUUCUUUUAAUAACCAUGGUGUCCGGGCAAGCUUGUACGCACCUCGGCUAGUUUCACGAGAUACGUGCCACCUCCCAUCAACAACAUAUAACUUUGUCCAUGAAGACUAGGAUGGAUGGGAAAAAUCAUCUGAUGUUAUUUUAAUCUCUGCUGGUAUUUGAACAUGGUGCCACCUCCCAUCAGCAAUAAGCAACAUGUAACUCUGUCCAUCAAUACUAGGGCGGAUGAGAAAAAUCAUCUGAUGUUUUUGUUAAUCUCUGUUGGUAUUUGAACCUGGUAGUCGUGCUACACUUGUAGUUUCUUGUUCUUGAUUUCUUGUUGAUAUAUGUUGUUUUGGGUAAAUCGCUUGUAUUAUUUUGUGGUAAUAUUGUUCUGUUGUGUUACUCUUGAUUGUCUUCUA